AUGGCAACAUCUAAAGUAUUCAUUGGUCAUCCAAGUUUUAAUCGUUCAAUUGAAUCUCAUGGUAGUGCACAUUCAACACAUAGUGAUACAACGUAUAAUGCGCCUUAUGGUCCAAGUUCAACAAAUGAAGAUAUUGGAACACAAACAGAAAUAAAAACUGUAAAUGAAUUACGUCGUAGACGAGAAGAGACAAUUGUCGAUAUUAGUCUUGAAUCAAUGAAAUAUAAUGGCGCAAUACCAUUCAGACAAUUACAACGUCCAGAUCGUUUAAAUCGACAAAAUUCGAGACAAAGUGAAUGUGAUGGAUCAGUAUUAGGUGUCAGCGAUCUAAUGUCGAAUAAUCAAAAUACAACGACAAACAUUGUACAUGGGAGUGGAAAAUCUAAUGAACAACAGACUAUGAAUGUAACAGCAUCCACUUUAUCUCCACCAAACGGAAAUAAUAAUUCGAAUAACGGACAUGAUAUGGGUGGUGGUGGUGGCGGUGGUGGUGGUGGACCACCACGUAGCGGUGGAGCAUCAGCACUUUUUAUUACAGAUGAUUCAAGACCACUUGUAAAUACCAUGCAACCUAAACGAGCUGAACGUACAUCUCGCAAAGAAUGUUAUCGAUUAGGAAGACGAAAACUUUUAUUUGAAAAAAGACGAAAAGCAUCUGAUUAUGCUCUAUUUUUCGCUAUGGUUGGACUAUUAUUUAUGGUACUAGAACAAGAACUCAGCAUGGCAAGAAUAUAUAAUAAGUUUCAUUGGUGUUCAAUUUUGCUCAAAUCAUUCAUUACUAUUUCUACAUUAAUUUUAAUUGGUAUGAUCGUUGUAUAUCAUGCACUGGAAGUUAAAUUAUUUAUGAUUGACAAUUGUGUAGAUGAUUGGCGAAUUGGUAUGACAUGGCAGCGUGUACUUCAAAUUGGUGUAGAAGUAUCAAUAUGUGCCAUACAUCCAAUACCUGGUUCAUUUAAAUUUUUUUGGACAACUCAUAUGGCAAAUAAAUCAGAUUAUCCAUUACAUGUUAAAACAGCUGAAGUUUAUAUUGACAUAUUAUUAUCAUUACCAAUGUUUUUUCGUCUCUAUCUUAUUUGUCGUGUUAUGUUAUUACAUAGUAAACUAUUCACAGAUGCUUCAUCGAGAAGUAUUGGUGCAUUUAAUCGAAUUAAAUUUAAUACACGUUUUGUACUUAAAACAUUGAUGACAAUAUGUCCAGGCACCGUAUUAUUAGUAUUUAUUUUAUCAUUAUUUAUUAUUGCAAGUUGGACAGUAAGAGCAUGUGAAAGUAAUCAUGAUCCAAAACAUCAUGGAAAUUUGUUAAAUUCUAUGUGGUUAAUAGCAGUCACUUUUUUGGCCAUUGGUUAUGGAGAUACUGUGCCAAAUACUUAUUGUGGAAGAGCUAUUUGUGUUGUGUCCGGUCUUAUGGGUGUAUCUUGUACAGCAACAAUGGUAGCUGUUUUAGCACGAAAACUCGAAUUAACCAGAGCCGAAAAACAUGUGCACAAUUUUAUGAUGGAUACACAAUUAACAAAAAGAUUAAAAAAUGCAGCAGCUAAUGUUCUCCGUGAAACGUGGUUAAUAUACAAAUACACAAAACUUGUUAAAAAUGUGAAUACUUCACGUGUUCGUACACAUCAACGGAAAUUUUUGCAAGCCAUUCACAGUUUGAGAAAAGUGAAAUUAGAUCAACGAAAAUUGACUGAUAGUGUCAACUCUGUGUCUGACAUAGCAAAGUUACAAUCGUCUGUGUACGAUGUUGUUUCACAAAUGCUUUCAAAUCAAACAGUUCUAGAAAAUAAAUUUCAUGAUCUAGAAAAUAAAGUUAUCGCAUUACAAUGUCAAAUAGAUAAUUUACCAGAAAAUAUGGCACAAGCUGUAUUAGAACAAAAUAAUCGUCUAUGGGAAAGGCUUGAACAACGUGUACAAAAUCAACUUAAUCUAAUACGACCAUUACCCACAAUAUCAGUGACAUGUCCAAGACAAAAUACUGUAUGA